UGACGUGCAUACCGCGAAUUCCAUACAUUCCCAAGUCAAAAAAUCAACUCGAUCAAUUCUAUUUUCCAAGUGGAAUUUCACGACAAAAUAAUCCACUUUUCCCCCAAUACUACGUCGCGUGCGUGUCAAUACAGUGCUUAGUCCUCGUUCGUGGUGCGCGUGAGACAAUUGCUGGGUGGGAAAUUAGUGAAAUUCCGUGAAUAAGGAGUUCAUAAACAAAUUUUCGCCAUAGUCGCGCACAUCUCAGCUGAAAAUUAAAAGAAAAAAAGCAUUUUCCACUGAGGGAAAGCCCCACGGUGGGAGUGUGGGAAGAACAGGAGGUUUCCCGGAAGUCUCGAGGACACCUGAGUGCUGGACGAAGUGUGUGCGGAGUGGCUGGUAGGAGGGUGGCGUGUGAUAAGAGGAAUUCGCGUGCAGUAGUGGGGCCAGAAGAGAGUGACAGGCAGGAGAAGAAGCGAACGGAUAAGCCAAUUUUGGUGGAAGAGAGAUUUGGAGCGCGCGGAGUGAGGAGGUGAAAAAAGUCGUGAAGAAAAAAAUCAUCUCUCUGGAAUGCGGCUGCCUCGGUCGAUGUACAAAAGUGUCUUGUACUCCACGACAACCAGAGACCUCACAUCCACACACAAUAAUGCGCUGUAAUGUUCCUCAGUCGCGAGUAUUGAUUAUUUUAUUGUAACGUCUCUGAAUGCGUGGAGCGCAGAGGCUGGCAAGAAAGAGACGUAACGACGAGACGCAAAGAAGAUUGCACGGAGAAACAGGAUAAAAGGGUGGUGGUAGUGUGGAGUUGAACAGGGACGAAAAAGUGCAUCUAAAGGAAGAUCCUCUGUCUCUAAGUCUCAGGAAUAAGAGAAACGGACCCCAGUGGAAUCCCAUGGAAUCACCCCUGGAGGUUCUCUCGAGGGCUGCAGCCACAAUGGUACAAGAGAAGACAUCCGAAGCAAAAUUACCUAAUAAAGAACUUCCAACUACCAAAUGGCGACGUGAGAGACGACGUUUGUCUGAAUAUCAAACACAGAGUGGCUCAACGAUGGUGAAGAAUGGCACAGAAAGCGGUGAGGCGCCGCUUGAUAUGACAAUUACAUCAGGGACAAAGCCACGGAGUCCACCACCUUACAGGGAACCACUUCCUGGAUCCACAUUCGCGCUGUCCUUCGCACGACCGACAGUGAUAACGCAAGCACCAAAGACACAGCUGAGACUUAAUUCCGUCUCAGAUCAUCUUCCAGAAUCCAUUUCAAUGUGCGACACCGUCAUUGAUGAACACUUCCGGAGAUCACUCGGGAAUAACUACAUGGCACUCUUUUCGAAGAAUGGCGACACAAAAGAAGACAUUGCGGAGGAUGCUAUUAGUUUAUCCGUGGAUGAUCAUUUUGCAAAGGCACUCGGGGAUACGUGGCAGAAGAUAAAGGCAACAUCGGAGCCGAGCUCAGGAACAAAGAGGAGGGAUUCAGGGACAAAGAGUGAUGAGGAAUCACACGAAGAGGAUAAAGAGGAGGUUGUGGCGAUGGUUAAGGAGGAGAUAGAGGUGGAAGAGGGUGUAGAUGAUGGGGAUAGUGGCACCACAAGUAGCUCUAGUUGCAAGAAUUCCCAAGUCACAUCGUUCCGGAAAAUGCCCACGAAGCACCCGGUGGACUUUGAGGAGAAAGUCCCAGAAUCUCUGCAACAAGUAGCCUUAGCUGUCCCUCCCAUUGAUGAUAAUUUUGAUCCGGAUGCACCACCAGAGACGGGGGAACAGUACCUGCAGCAGGUGAUCUACGAACGACAGCGCAGAGUCCCAGAAGUUGUGUACAAUCACCGUGAUCGUCCAGCGGAUAGGGAAGAUAUUAAAUGGAUAGCCAUUGAGGGUGAGGGCAUUGAGAGUACAGCCCCAUUGGAGCUCCUGCCCACGAAGGAAUGGUGCGACAUGCAGUGUGAUACCUUUCGAUGCCUCCAGAAGCGCAUCGCAUCAAUUAGAGAGACAAAGAAUCUCCCAAUAAAUCUUCCUCCGAUUCCAAAAGGAAGUUGUUCGAGUGUUUGGUUUCCCUUCUGCAGCAGCAAUCAGCCACAGCUGAAGUUUAUGAUUCAGAUAAGUCAGGCACAGCUGGAGGAUCUUCUGCAUCAUUUUGUGCAGUGGCGGCACGAAGGGAAGGCUGAACUGUCUGGUCCUUGGCUUAUGCAGUGGAUCUACGCAAGCCUGGCGUGUCUCCAUCAGCCACUGGAGCCCAACAUCCACUACUGCUUGCGUCAAGUGGCGAGGAUUUGCAUUGAAGCCAGAAAUUGUCUGGAAUCUGACUGUAUUACUGAAGCUACUCCACUUAAUCUUAUCAUCUCCAUCAUUGCCAAGAUCUUCGGUCAGGGGGAUUUGCUGCAACUCUGACCAAUCGACUUUCCACAAUUCGCAUAGCAACCCAAAUGAGUUUUUUGUGGAGCGUUUGGAUGUUUCCUGACGACGACAAAAUCGAUUUGUUUUUUUUUUCACGGAGUCCCAUCG